AUGGCUGGCCAAAACGCGCGUUUGAACGUGGUUCCCACCGUUACUAUGCUCGGGGUUAUGAAAGCGCGACUCGUUGGAGCCACAAGAGGUCAUGCCCUCCUCAAGAAGAAGAGUGAUGCGUUAACUGUUCAGUUCAGGGCACUUCUCAAGAAAAUCGUUGAAGCUAAGGAAUCCAUGGGAGACAUGAUGAAGACUUCGUCUUUUGCUCUCACCGAAGUCAAGUACGUUGCUGGUGAGAAUGUCAAACACGUUGUCCUCGAGAACGUUAAAGAAGCUACGCUGAAGGUUCGUUCCAGGACAGAGAACAUCGCCGGUGUGAAGCUUCCCAAGUUUGAUCACUUCUCUGAAGGCGAGACCAAGAAUGACUUAACCGGUUUGGCUAGAGGUGGUCAACAGGUCCAAGCUUGCCGUGUGGCUUAUGUGAAAGCCAUUCAAGUCCUGGUGGAGCUUGCUUCCCUCCAGACCUCGUUCUUGACGCUUGAUGAAGCAAUCAAGACAACCAAUCGCAGGGUCAACGCUCUGGAGAACGUGGUGAAACCAAAGAUUGAGAACACAAUCAGCUACAUCAAAGGAGAGCUUGAUGAGCUCGAGAGAGAGGAUUUCUUCAGGUUGAAGAAGAUUCAGGGAUACAAGAGGAGGGAAACCGAGAGACAGGCAGCUAACGCUAAGGCGUUUGCUGAAGAAAUGGUUCUUGAAGGAAUCUCUAUGCAGAGAGGGAUUUCGAUUAACGCUGCUCGUAAUUUGCUUGUUGGUGGUGCAGAGAAGGAUGCAGACAUUAUUUUCUGA